GGGCCUAGUAGAGCCUGGAGGUUGGAGUGAGACGGAAACGGAGGGGAAGCUGGGGCGGGCGGCUUAGUGGCUACAGGAGAGUGCGGUGCCGAAAGGCCUGCAGACUGACGGGAUGGUGGAGAAGGCCGGCUGCGGGAGAGAGUCUAUGCCCUCACUAAUGCCAAGUGGAUUAAAUCCUGCCCUCUCGGGCAGCUCACAAAUGCAUGCCAAGCAGGGCAUGAAAUUGGAGGCCGUGAUGGAGCAACUGCAGAGGCAACAAAAGCAAGCUGCCCGCAGCAUGGAGGAGCGGGAGAGACAGAUAAGAGAAACACAACUGCUGUAUGCCCAGCAGCUGGCAUCACAGCAUAUGAUUAAAUCAGAACCUGGUUCUGCCAAUUUGUCAGCUGCUAAGGCCCGCCCGCCCAUGCCACCUCCACAUGCGGCUAGUGAUCCAGAUGAAGACGAGGACAUGGAAGAUGACGAUGAAACUGAUGGAGACUCUUAUGAGGAAGAUGGUGAUCGCAGGGAACGUCAGUCAUCCACGUUGGCGCAGAAGUAUCUACAGGCUCAGAGGGAGCAGCAGGGAAUAGUCACUCCUAAUUCACAAGGGAACCUUGGUCAGCGACAUCUUGCGGUGAAAGAGGAGCCCCAAGAUGAAAACAGUAAUCCUUCACCCUCUAAACAUCCAAAGCAAAAUAUGGAGGAGCACAUUAAGCCGGAGAACACCUCUUGGUCUGAACAUGGGGAUGGACAUAGCAGAGAAGCAUCUCGGGACUUUGCCAAGCUUUAUGAGCUUGACAGUGAUCCAAAACGGAAAGAAUUUCUCGAUGAUCUCUUUGUGUUCAUGCAAAAGAAAGGCACCCCAAUCAGUCGUAUACCCAUAAUGGCCAAGCAGCUGUUGGACCUGUAUAUGCUGUACAAGCUUGUAACUGAAAAGGGAGGUCUUGUCGAGGUCAUCAAUAAGAAAAUCUGGAGAGAGAUCACCAAGGGACUGAACUUGCCCACCUCCAUUACCAGUGCUGCCUUCACCUUGCGUACACAAUACAUGAAGUAUCUUUACCUCUAUGAGUGUGAGAAGAAAUCGCUCAGCUCUCCAGCAGAGCUGCAAGCUGCAAUAGAUGGAAACCGAAGAGAAGGCAGACGUCCCAGCUAUGGCACUACCUCUUUUAACUACUCCCCAACUCCAGCAGGGCCCACCGCUCUCUUUGGAGCUCAGAAACUUCCUCUGUCCUUGCUUGGCGUGCACCCAUCAUCUCGCAUGUCACCAGUUACUCCACUGAAGAAAGGGGAUUGCCCUGUAAGCUUGUUGCCAAACCGCCUAUCUAUGGCCCCUGGGUCUUUGAGUGUGCAGCAGACUCCUACAGGAAUGCGGAUCUCCUCACUGGAACAAGUAAAGGAGAGGCUGGAGUCCGGUGAGCCUCCAGAGAAGCGAGCAUCUCGGACCUUGAUAGAAGAGCAGCAGAGGCUCAUGCAGCAAGCUCUUCAGCACAAUUUACUGAGCAUGGCCAGGCAGAUACCAAUGAAACUAAAGAUCAAUGGGAAGGCAGCGCAGGACACUUCACUCAACCUGGGCACUGGCAGCAUCAACAUGUCCAUUGAAAUAAAUGGCACAAUGUACACAGGCAUUCUAUAUGCACAGAAGCCUGUUCCUUUAAUUGCUGGUUACACUGGGCAAAGUGGAGGAAGUGGCAGCAGCAAUACCUCUCAAGCGUCUCGGAGCCCCAAUUCUUCCAGGGGAACCCCAGGAGCUGAGCCCUCCACCAGCUGGUCCCUCUGAAUAGGAGGGCAUAGGCAUGAUGAUACUACUUACCUCCUCUGCGAGAAAGCGUUACACAACCGUACCUACCUCAGCUUGCAGGAAGACUUCAACUCCGCUUACCUCACCUUGAUGAAAGGUUUCACAACCAAAUUUUACCUCAUUCUCUGAAGGCAUUACACAAAUUCAUCUAUGGGCAGGAAGAAUACUAGGCAAAGACUUGGUGAUUAACCUGCCGCUGAGCGUCAGCUCUUGCCUACUGUAUGGCAUUUUGGGAGCAUACGUAUGCAGUAGACCUGCAUUCUCUGUCCCCUCCCCAUGUUUUUUUUAAAAUGAGAGGUAAACUAAUACCUGCUGUUUCAUCAGUGGCCGCAAACCAUUUCUUGUGCAUUCACCAUGUAAUGUACAUGGGGACGCUGGGGGCGACUGUUAUACUCCUGUCCCCUGUAUAAUUUAAGCAUCGGGUUCUCUGUCCCUCAGUGGUUGGUGCACAAUCUAAGUGCUUAAGACAGUAAGACAUUUUGUAGG